CUCAGAGCACGCCGUAUGACGGCAUCACCACCACAGACUGAUGUCAACCGCCGCAAUCAGCGCUCCCCGAACGGCCGCACAUCGGUUGAGGCGCGCAGGGUAUCCUUUCUGUCCCGCCUUUCAGUGCCUAGGUAGUAUAGACACGCAACUUUUUGUUCUCUUGGGUGAUGCAGGAGGCCCCCCUUCCAUUGACGCAAGAGCCCCUCCGAACUGAGACCGCCCGCUGCCCCUCCUUUUCGUAGCUCCUGCUCUCCAGUCCCUCGACUCUCUCUGCUCUUGCAUCUGUUCCCUCCUGAUUUUCAGCAAGCCUCACAUCUCCAAGCAAACAACCGUCCCAAACAAUUACUCAACCACCAACCACCCCCAAAUAAACCACACAAUAUGCCCGAGGGUCGCCAAUCUCCCCCCCCUGAGCGCCAGACUGGCGCCCAGCAGCAAGAUCCCCCUGCCUCCGGCACGGGAACCGACGACGCCUCCAACAAGGACAACGCCAACAAGGAGUCUAUCAACAAACUCUCUUCGAACCCCAAGGGCCCGUUGGAUGACAACUUGAAGGAGAAGUUUGCCAAGACCCAGUAAAGCACGAGCUGCGUAGAACACGAUGCUGUUACCGGCCAACCACCGACACAUUGAAACCAAGGGAUUGAUACCAAUAAAGGCGUUGGGAAUUCCGUCCAUGCGAUA